AUGAUUCCUGACUUAGAGCCACCUGACAAUCCACUUCCGAAUCAUUCUGUCAAUCUUGGAGGUGGUUAUGUUCUCCUCAGGGCUCGUGACAGGUACAACUAUCAUCCAAGUGAAGCCGAGUCGCAAGUUAUUGGUGAAUUCCUGGAUGCACCUGUUCCAAAGUUCAAGCGCUGGGCAAGACUGUGGCUUCCAAACGGCCAGGUUGCUCGCUGUGCAUGGAAGGAAACACUCAAGCCUGCAGAGAAGGUCCGCAUGGCACGAAACAUCAAGGUGACCAUCAAUGACAGGAAUGAAAUCGCACAGGUUUUAUAUUAUGCACAGCUCGCUAUUAAGGCAGACGACAUAAACGACAAUGAAAAUGACGGGGAGUUGGAGUACCAUGACGACGAGAUCUAUCGCUUCGUUACAGUUGCAAUAGUUUCUGUCUACUCUCGCCCAGAUCCAGAACUACUCCAGAAAUCGAUGCAGACUGUCUGGUCAUGUAAAUAUCAUGGCGAUGAGGCACUGCAGCUAGUCAGUGCAAAAUCCAUCCAGUCCGUUGUUGCCAUGAUACCUCACCGUCCUAAACUCCAAUCAGGAGUGGUAGAGGAUCGCUUUUUUCUCCUCGAGAAGCCUGGGCUUGGGCUGGUAACUGUUGAUGAGGAGGUCAAAGAUGAAGCAGAUGGGGAUAAGUAG